GUGAGCUAAAUUUCCCAACCCAGCAGCAGCAGCAGAAGGAAGGGAUUCCCUUGGUCCGUUUCGUUUCGCGUUUCCGCCGUGUUAAACCCGUGCAAAAUCCGCCCCUCCCCAAAUUGCUGGCCAAUUUGGGCCCCGUUCGAAUCCGCGUUCCGUUUGCGAAUGUCGCGCUAAUUUUUUAAGUGCUUCGUGGAGGUCGUCGCUGGAAGUGAUUCAUUGAGCAAGCAAACACAACUUUCUGGCCACUGUGGAUCCAGCAGCAGCAGGAGCUGUUUUGAGGUGCUUCCGGAAGGGUUUGGACGGGCCGCAGUGCGAGCAAUGACAAUGGGCGAUGACACUCCAGUCGUCACUUCCCUGGUGCUGCCAAUCCUGAUACGUCCGAUUCUGUCGCAGCUGGAACGUCGUGAUGUGGUCGCGUCGCAAACGCUGAGGGCGGCCCUGACCAAGGCCGAGCAGACGCACCCGGGCCUCACGUACGAACUGGUCAUGGGGAUCAUCAAGAAGGGCGAUAUCAGGGACGUCAACAUGAACGAGAGCAUCCUGAGACUGCAGGGCGCGGCCACGGACACGGACUUGAUCGAAUACCGCCUGAACCGCACCGAGGACGCCUUCCAGGAGCUGAACAAAAAAUCCGCCUCGCUGAAGCGCAUCCUCAGCCGGAUCCCGGACGAGAUCACCGACCGGAAGACGUUCCUGGAGACCAUCAAGGAAAUCGCCAGUGCCAUCAAGAAGCUGCUGGACGCGGUCAACGAGGUGGUCGGCUUCAUUCCGGGCUCGCAGGGCAAACAGGCGGUCGAGCAGCGCAAGAAGGAGUUUGUCAAGUAUUCCAAAAAGUUCAGCACCACCCUCAAGGAGUACUUCAAGGAGGGAGAGGCCAACGCUGUUUUCGUGAGUGCUUUGUACCUGAUACAUCAGACGAAUCAAAUUAUGAUCACGGUGAAGAACAAGUGCGAAUGAGAAGGAGUGGCGGCGGCGACGGCGCCUGCUGCGAUGGAACGGGAAUGCUUCUAGUGAGAGAGCAAGAACACAAGAUCGGAAAUAUUUAUAAAGAAUUGUUUUUACUUAACAUUUCCUUGAGGCAAAGCAAACAACAGACAUAAUAAGUAGAGUUUAUUAUUUUUGUAAGUGAGUAGCGAAAGGCGGUGAACAAUAAACGUUCUUGAAGCCGAAGCAUGAAGAUAACAAAAAAUGAUGUAAUUGAUGUCGUAUUAUAUAUUGAAAAAUAUUACUUUAUUAUUAUUAUUACUGAGAUAGACGAAAUAAAAAAUGGUUUUUAAAGCUAAAA